CAUGGUUGUUGAUGAUUGAUUACAUAUAUAUAUUUGAUGCAAUCAUUGUAUUAGAGGGAUGAAAAACAGUAGGUAUAUGUAGAGUGACUAGCAGCUAUUUUCAUGGCAUUCUUUACCAUUGCUUCUUUCACCUAUAAUUACAGAUUUUUUUUAGAUUGUGAAAAUGGGAAAUGUAGAAAAUAUUUUGCUUCAUUGAUUGUUUUUUCAGUUUUGAAGCGGUAGAAACUGGCCUCUUCUGAGAUAAAACCACUAGAUGGCAUUCCAGAAGAGGACUUUGCUCAAGUGAACAAAGCAACUUGCCAAUGAGAAACAUUAAAGGAUUACAAACUUGAAUAAGGGUGAACAGUGUCAGGUGAGAAGUGAGGAUGAAUGGAUUUAGAUAAUAAUUAAUGAGCUGUUGUGAGAGGAACUUAAAUAAAAAACGGGGAAAAAACCAAACCUAAAGUCUACUAUAAAUGAUGCUGGCAUUCAGUACUUGAGAGAGGUACAAAACAGUUGCCAGAAUGUGAUAUUCUUGUUCAUAACAGACAUCAGCUGAGUUCUCUUUUUGUUCACUUACUUUAUCCACUGCUAAAGCUGUAUUUGUCAUAUGACUUGGAAUAGCUCUCUUAAAAGGUUUUGCAGGGGAGGUUCCUCAGCCCAUUGCUGAAAUUUGAUACCUGGUCUUUUAAAACUGACUUUCUAUUCGGCAUCUGCUCCCUUUCAAAAGCAGACAAAUAGGUUCUCGGUACAGACAACUAAUACAAGUUGUUUACUACUUUGAGGCAUGUGGGAUUUUUUUAAGAGCUGUGUUUCCUAAUCUCUAUUCUGAGUAACUUUUCUGGCCUGUCACAUGACUUAAAACAGUAUUAGUUUUUAAAUCUUUCAAUCCAAACCACUAGAUUAACCUUCACAGAUGCUUUAAUUUAGGAAUCAGCUUGAGUCUUAUAAAGGUUCUACUGAAGCUAACCCUAGAAUCAUCAAUAAAGUGUUGUGAUUUAUUUUCCUUAUUACAUUAUUGGUUAAAUUUGUUUUCAUCAUCUUAAAUUGAUCAUCUGUGCUAUGUAAGAUGAGUAAAUUAUUGUAGCAAUUGAGAAUAGAGGGUGGAAAGAAAAUGUUUUGAGAUGUAACAGUAUGUGAUUUUGUACAGGGUUGUGUAGUUCACCUCAUCUUUGCUCCCAGCUAAUUUAAAAAUGCCUCUUUGCUAAUAAGAGACACAGUAAUAUUUACCUUGCUAUUAACUCUGUAACUCUAUAGCUGACAUUUAAAUCCAUGUUGUAGCCCCAAAACAGUACACAUAUUUUACUGUGCAAGAGAGAAUCUAUAUUAGGAGUACUGUUUUGCAAAUAAUUUAUUUUAAGAUGAACAUGCUAGGAAGGUGUAAUUUGGAGACUGACUGUAAUGAUUUUCACUUGAUUUUUCUCAAUUAGCUAUGUUGGAAAUACAUGAUGCUGCAUAAGAUUUCACCAUUAUCUGCUGAAAUAUGGUAAAGUAAAUCAUUACAAGCUUAGAGCUGAAAAAUUUUAGAUCUCAGGCACUUCAGGAUCUUCUGAUUGAACUCAUUAUGCAGUUGAGUAUCACUCAGUCUGCCAAGAUACCUGUUAAACCAGAAAAACAACUUUUGGAUUGCAGUACUGAGUUCCUAACCUGCUGCCUGUGCUGCUUAACCUAUUGUGAAUGGCCGUGCUCUGAGCACGACACUGUUUUAUCUUGGCCAUAUACCCCUCUGAACACUAUCACAAAUGAAUGAAAGCUAGCUUUAACUUCCAGGAUAUAUGCUAUUCCUUUAUUAAAGAAAAUAAAUCCUCCUACAAACUGAAAGUGAGUUUGAAUGGUUAAUCAAUAGUGACAAAGUGACACAAAAUGACAUAGUGUAUUUAUCCGUAGAGUUGCUGGUGGUUGCAUUUUAAUCAGUUCAAGUUCAGUCAGGGUUUUAGAAAAAGGCAUUGACAAACUUCUGUGCCUAACUUUGGACAUGAGCCUAUUUGCUAUCAAAAUGCCUAACAAUAUCUGUGAUAGUGAUCAUGGGGUGCUGUUACUAUGACUAGAGUUUCAAUGCCUGCUGAAAGAAGACUUAAGUCAGGAUUUUCCCAGAGCUGUGACCCAGAACUGAGUAAUCUCUACAACAGUUGUGGGAAAUGAAAGUGAUCUGACUUUCUGUAAUGUACUGAAAUACACGAAUUGUUUCAGAAAUUGAACAUCAAACACCGGGAAAUUCAUACAGCUUUAAGUCUGCUGCGUCUUAAUUUCCACUCACCAGCAUCAGACCUAUCAGCAGAACCUUGCAGGGGUGAACACCAGUAAUGAGCUGAAUACAUCACAGAUAGGUUAAAAACGUGCAACUGAUUCUUAAGGAGAUGGAUAAUACAUCAGAUAGUUGCCUUGACGUUGCCACAACAGAAAAAUCAGGUGCAGAGCAGCCAUCGGCAUCCUCGGAAAGCCCAGUAUGUGAGGCCGAGAACGGGAGCCCAGCAGAGAAACUUCUGCUUUCAGAAGCUACAGGGAGCACGAUCAAGGAUGAUGAGGCUCUUAGGAGGGCUAGGGCUAAUGCUGAUGAAACUAUCCAGUCUGAGAAGUUACAAUGUGAUCAGGAAGAUUCUCCUGGGAAAGCAGUUCAACAGGAUUACCACAUGCCUGAUGUUAUAACUGUUAGAGUACAAAGAGAUUCUGAUUCAUUUCAAGAUGUAGUUGUAAAAAUUGAAAGACCUAUCUACCAUAAACCAUUUGUGGGUGGUUUUAAGAACAAGAUAACAGGAGUGGAAUUUCAUAAUGCAGGAGCACAAACAAUACCUAAACCUCGACCUGACAGAGGAGUUCAAGUAUUUUGUAGGGAAACACAGACGGUUUAUGAAAGAAAUAAGCCGCAACAAACAAAAAACACAACAUCAACACAGAUGACUAAAGUUGGCCUGUAUGUGUCAAGUGUGACUGACAAACUAAUAAGCCCUGCAAAGUAUCUUACAGCAGAAGAGUACCAUAAACGUAGACUUGAAGCCGUAAUAGUAUUACAGACUUAUUUCCGCCGCUGGCAUGCUGUAAAUGUAGUACGAAAUCUGAGGGAAUUAAAAGGGUUAAGGCUGGCAUGGGAAGCACAAGAAGAGUUACAGAGGAAAAAAGAGAAAGAGGAAAAACUGAGAAGGGAGCAUGAACGAAGACUAAACCCUAAAACGAAAGAAGAUUUUGAGCUACUGUACCAUGCUGUAGAGUUGUGGAGGCAGGAAGAGACUGAGCAAAUUAACAGAAGUCUUACUGGAGCUGAAAGAAAGGCUGCACUGUGUGGACUUCUGGAUCAAGAGGCACAACUGAUUGCUUCCAUUGGAAGACACAAACUACAUGCAGAUGAGGAGAAUCAACAGAAAGCAAUACUGCGCUUUCUGGAUAAGUGUGCACAGCCUAAGAGGUGGAAAGCAUAUGAUGGGAAAAUCACAGAAAUGGAUACACAGGACAUACUCCGUGCCAGAGAGCUGUUUGAAAUCUACUGCAGCAUUAGCAUGAAUGGCAUCCCCAAAGAUGAGAGAAGAGAUGUGCUGUUAACGCUCAGACGUACAGUGAAGGAACAUGAAUGUAAACUAACACGAGAAAUAGUGGAAUUAAUUGACAGGGAAGUUGAUCUUAUGUCAAGAGAGGUGAAAGAAUGCAACUUAGAAGGACUGAGAAAAAGAAUUUGUACAUUAUUUCUUCAAUAUACUAAAAUUCCAGAGUUUAACCCUGAAGUUGCUAGGAUACUUAAGGUUCCAUCCAGUCCCCUAAAGCUUUACAAAUCCAUUAGCUGCUGUCAGAGUUGCAAAAAUCACUUAGCAUCUACUGAGUUUCCUGUUCCUGCUCGUUCCCGCACCAUUGGCAAAUGUCACUUGUGUUGCAAGCUUGGUAAUGAGGCUCGGCAGCGAGAAACGUUUCUGAAGUACAGACUUAUGCUAGAGAAUCUCCGACAGUCUGAAGCUGAUUAUCAAGAUGAUGCUAAAAUUGUUUUCUCUAUUCAGCAUCAAGAUCUGCAGUACCUGGUUGAGACCAUAUGGGGUUGUCAGUCAGCUCUCAGUGUCUGCAAUGACCUUUAUGAUUUGGUUAUGGUCAGAUGGGAUAAGCAGCAUGAGUGGUCUCCAUGGAACACCAUUCUCCUCACAGAGAAUGAGGCAGAUGCACAUCUUAAGCUGUGUAGCCUUGAGAAGGCUUAUGAAGCAACAUUCAUUGAUGGGAUAAAAGAUAAGCAUACCCAGGCAAAAAAAUACUUUGCUCAGUUUCCAGCAAUGGCAUCGUUUUUGCAAAGAAGUGACAAUCAGGCUAAUGCAAAUGAAUUUUUAAUAGCUACUGUUACAAACUCAUCAAUCUUAGGCAAAACAAACUGAAGUCAAAGAAUUUAACCCUAUUAUGGGUUAAUACAAUCUCCCUGGUUUUAAAGAAAUGUACUUUUCCAUCAAUACCUUAAUCGCAUUGCAAAGAUCAAUAAUAAACUCGGAAGGGUAAAAUAAUUUGAUCUCAGCCAGUCAGUAUAACUGCAUUUCAUGGUUUGUAGCCUCAUUAUUAAAAAUGUUUAAUGUUGAUGGGCUUUGUAAAUUCUAAAUUCUUAGAGCAGUGAUGACUGUCAUUCUGUGUUGCUUGGGACAUUCCUUAUGUGUCUGCCUGCGUUGCUUGGGACAUUCCUUGUGUGUCUGCCUGUGUUGCUUGGGGCAUUCCUUAUGUAGUGUAAUAUUUCUGUGGGGAGAAUGUAGCUAAUUCUUGAUUAGAAAAAUAAUACUAUAAAGACUACAUUAAAUUUCUCUUCUCUUAGGCAUAUAAGGCAGAAAACCUCUCAAAAGCUAAACUCCUCCAGAACAGCUUAAUUAAUAUGCCCUUCAAUGUAUAACUGCUUUGCAAAUGUUUAUGCAUUUUGUCCUUUGUCUUGAUGGUUGUAGUGGAACUGCCAGCAUGUAAUUAUUAUAUACAUGAUGCUAUUGUCAUGUAUAUAAUACAUCAUGACAUUAUUGUAAAUCAGGCUUAUAAUUUGAAGCACACAAUGCAGAAUGUUUGGAAUGUGUUAAAGUAUAAACAAAUUCUCUCCAUUAACUUAUGUAAUUAUGUGUAGUUAUUGAGACAAUGCAAUGUGCAGUCAAUAAAAUCUGGCAGGAAGUUGCAAAGUACUGGCUGAAACCUCUAUUUCAGGCAUGCAUUUAACCUAAGACAGAGACUUUUGCUCUGGCAAAUAAAACUUUCUAGGAAAAGGCAGUAGCAUUUACAAACAGAAUUAAGUGUCUAAUUGGCAGAUGGAAACUGAAUUAAGUCCCACAACAGAUUAUGAAACUGAUUGGUCUGUGCAUUCUAACAUCAAUGGAGCCUUUCCUUUGUUUUUACUGUUAAAUUCAGAUUCUGGAUUUUAGUUCAGUAAUUAAUGAGCUAAAUAAAGAAUUGCAGGACAUGAGUAUUCAUUCUAGUUGACAUGUGCUUUCCAGGAUCUGAGCCUUAAGAUGAAAAUGGCUGGUAAGAGUGGGUUUCUUCAAAAGUGAUAAAGAAGAAUUUUAUGUGUUGAAUGGCAAGUAAAACAUAAUACUCUGCACUGG